AUGGAUUCUGGAAAGGAGCAGGGAAGAGAGGGGGUUGGUACCCUAAGGAAGCUCCAAAGGAAGAGAGACAGGUGGUGGAAGAGAAAGAUGAGCACUCCAGGUGGUAGUCUUGCAGACACAGAGAAGAUGCAGACACACCCCAAAAUGUCCGAUAAGGCUUGGUCAAGAACUGAGAUGAAAUGCCUGAACACUCCUGGACACGACGACAGCUGCAGCUCCAACAGCAAUGACUACCCCGACUAUGGAAAGAAGGUUCCUCUGGAUGGGCCAUGCUCCGAUUUAGACGCAGCGAGUGAAAACUUCCUUAUUGAACCCAACACAAGCAAGAAGAAAUUUGAAACUGAAUAUCACCAGGGCAAUGUCUCCUUUGGGAUGUCAGUCUUCAACCUGGCCAGCGUCAUGAUGGGCAGCGGUAUUUUGGGUGUGUCCUUCGCCAUGGCCAACACCGGCAUUGCCCUCUUUGUGAUUCUCCUGGCGUCUGUUGCCAUUUUCUCCUUGUAUUCUGUCCACCUAUUGUUAAAAACAGCCAGUGAAGGAGUUUUCUCUUUUCCAAGGUACCUGUGUUUAUGA